AUGGGUGAUGUGCAGCUGCAUUGCUUCACGGAUGCAACGGAAUCAGCUUAUGGUGCUUGCAUCUACGCCCGAACAGUGAUGGCUAACAGGCCGACCAGAAUUAUAUUACUGGCAGCUAAAUCAAAAGUAGCACCAUUACAGAAACGCAGUAUCCCCCGAUUGGAAUUAUGCGCUGUGCGACUUGGUGCUCGAAUGGCAUCGAGAGUCAUCGUGUCUCUGAAUCUGGAGUCUGCACCUAUUUUUUAUUGGACCGACUCGAUGGUGGUUGUCUACUGGUUUCGUGCACCACCACAGACCUGGAAAACCUUUGUGGCUAACCGAGUGACAGAAAUUCACACUCUAACAAAAAAUGCUAUGUGGUUGCAUGUACCCGGUGUGGAUAACCCAGCAGACUUUGUUUCGAGAGGAUUGACCGUACAACAAUUUCUGAGCUGCAAAAGUUGGACGAACGGACUCAAUUGGUUGGAGGGAGGAGAGGAGUGUUGGCCAAAGAUGGAUAUCUCGCGAGUUACUGAUGAUGAUGGAGACAUAGAGCGUAAAACUACUACACUGUUCCUGCAAAGUCCACGACAACUUAACACUCUAUCAACUCGCUCAUUUACGUACAAUCGGCUAUUGCGUACGACGGCUUACUGUUUACGAUUACGAUAUGCGAAAAAAGAAAUGAGACCAUCUACCAUAACCCUCACACCUAACGAAAUUGAAUAUGCUCGGGAUUGUCUGGUGAAAACUGUUCAAGCUGAAUGUUUCAGAACAGAACUUCUCCUGCUUAAAAAAGGGAGACCAGUAUCCAAAACCUCGUCACUAAAGCUUCUGAGCCCGUUUGUGGACACAUCGGGUAUAAUCCGAGUCGGUGGCCGGCUAAAAUUGUCCGAACAGUCCUAUAGCACGAAACACCAAAUUUUGCUUCCUGAUUUCCACCGAUUUACCCGCCUGCUUCUGUUAUCGUACCACAUAAAACUAAUACACGGAGAAAUUUCGCUAACAUUGGGAUUAGUUCGAAACGAAUAUGGGCCUACGAAUGGCAGAAGGGCUGUUCGUAGUGUAGUACGAACUUGCUACCGUUGUACCCGUUUGAACCCACAACCACUGCAACAACCUGUGGGACAGCUACCGGUCGCACGCAUUACCCCAAGUCGUCCUUUCGCAUCCACUGGAAUAGACUAUUGUGUUCCGGUGUUUGUUAAGUCCCCUAAACGCAAAACUGCUCCCACCAAAGCCUAUAUUGCCCUGUUCAUUUGCUUCAGUACAAAGGCUGUACAUAUUGAGCUCGUGGGGAAUCUAUCCACAGCAUCCUUUCUCUCGGCUCUCCAACGGUUCGUGGCCAGACGUGGUAAGCCCGAGAAUAUUUACUCCGACAAUGCCACGAAUUUUGUCGGUGCUCGAAAUGAAUUACAUGCUCUUUACAAAAUGCUCUCGAAUUCCAACGAAACUGAUCACAUCGCUACUGCUCUCGCAACUGACGGAAUACGAUGGUAUAUGAUCCCACCUCGGGCCCCCAACUUUGGUGGUUUAUGGGAGGCCGCUGUGAAGGUGGCAAAGAAUCAUUUAGUUCGGCAGUUAGGCAGCACGUCUCUGUUAUAUGAAGAUUUAGUAACGAUUUUGACCCAGAUUGAAGGAGCAAUGAAUUCUAGAUCCCUUGGCGCCUUUGUCAGAGGAUUCCCUCGAUGUUGA